UUUCAUUACAAAAAUUAAUUUUAUUUAAUCUUUUAGUGAGUUAGUUUCCAUUAUAUACUAUACAUAUGAAUCUAACAUCGAAAAUGUUCUUAAAGUAGUACUGUUUGAACUAAACAUAUUCGGCAAAAUGGAUACCCUACCAGUUUGGAAGAGGAUUUACCCGGUUAUUGCUUCAAGCAAUCCACAUGUGACGACUGAUGUCGUAGAGGAUGUACUGAAUAUUUGUAAACAGCAUUUAACAGAUGUAUUUUUGCAGUACAAACCUUACAGCAAAGAAAGUUUUAAUAAAUGGAAGGAAGAACUGGGGGUGAAACAAAUAACAUCAGAUGAUGAAAUGUGUAAUUUCAUUCACAAUUUAAGCAAAAAACUCAACUUGGAUUCGAAAGUCGCUUGGAUUGUGAUAUGCAAUUUUUUAAUGUACGAAUACUACGGAAAAGUGGAUGAACUAAAAACUUUAAUUAAAUUCAACUCAAAAUUGGAAUAUUUGACUGAAAAUAUAUGGUAUUUCUAUUCCGCUGACAGAAUGUUCCUCCUAAAAACGCUAAGGCACAUUCUUGAAGGAUGCGAUUCAGCAGAUCACAAAUAUGACGAAAAAAUUAAAUCGUAUCUACAGAAUAUAAAUUCUACACUGUUGUGGAAGAAUUUACUGACAGUCUUUUCUAACUUAAUUCAUGAAAUAAGUGACAUUAAUGUGAGAAAUAUACCUAGAAAAUUGUUUGUAGAAUGGAUUCACAGGAAUAAUCGAGAGCAAGUUGAAGUCAUUUUGUUACUCACCCACACGCUAAAUUUACCACAGUACAAAUUAACGGGUUUGGAGUUAGAACAAGUGUUCACCCUUUUCAUGAAACACGGUUUUACGGGUCUCCAUUUAUCCUCCGAAAGUUUAUCAAUAUCUAGGAAAGAAGAUCUAGAAGAGAUCAAAUAUGCCGAAAUUGCUUUAAUUCUCACAAUCAUUCAUAAAUAUUGGAACUCGACUGAAAGAUUGAAAGUUGUUAUGUUACCUCAAACUAUUGAGAGGAAUUUAGAAUUAUUGCAAAUUCAGAACGAUAAUAGCAUCAUACUAUUUGCAUGGACUUUGUUUAAAGCAUACUAUAACGACAAUGCUCAAGAGUGUAACAUGGAUAAUUGUAAUAUGAUCAUCGAGAAGGUGCUUGAAAAGAAAAUGUUUAUGUCUCUGUACGGUUUAUUGAUACACAAAAUGUUUACGGGUAGUAAAGUUGGGGCUAUAUUAGUGGAUGCAGUUCAUACCCUUGUGGUGGAAUUUUCGAAAAAUUGCGCCGACUUUGGUUAUUUCCACGAACAGCCUGGAGUUACCAAAAUUACUGCCGAGUUACUGAAGCAGAAAGGUUUGAUUGUGUUAGAUAAUUUAGGACCAAUUUUUCAACUCUCCAUGGAGGCCUUUCCGUUUGUUUUUGAGCCAUUUUUGGAAAUGUGCAAGUCUCUGCUGAUCAUCCCAGAAAAAUACGACAAUGUUGUGAAGUUGCUGAAAUCAAUACCAGGUUUCUUGGCAGAAAUUCCUUGGAGCGACUGCAGGUCAAGAUUCACCUUGAGUAGACCUCAGAAAUUGUUCAUAGACAGUGAUUUGUUCAUUGUACCAGCAGGAACAACCGUGGAGCGUUAUUUAUAUCAAGGACAAGAAUACGCGAGAUUUAUAUACCCUUUUAGUUUCUUUUUGUUAAUGGAACAAUUUACGAAGUCAUUCAGUACGAUUACUUUUGAAAUCGGCCCUGAUUGGUAUUGCUACAAAAAUUUGACCAAACUAGUUCAUAUCGGCUUCAAAUUCAUAAAUCACCUUCUCAAACACUACAAAGGUGAUUACAGGCACGAUAGUGAGCUCAGGACUCUCGUGGAAAGACUGGAAAUCGUACCGGUUCAAUUCUGUCAAGGUCCAGUCAAGAAUUUCGAUUUUAUUAAGUUGUAUUUCGAAGUUAAUUGCACUUUAAUAACGUACGAUUUGCUGGAUUAUAUGGAAGCCUUUCCUCCCAUACAGAGAAAAGCUUUUAUGCCGAACGUUGUAGUGUAUAAUAAAGAUAAUAGAAAUGGUUUAUACAGCCAGUUACAUAAUAAAAGUUUGUUGUACCAGAGUUUGAAAGAUGAAGAAGGCAAAGAGUCGCAUUCUCUGCUGCUCCAGUAUUUGGAACUUAUUUAUUUUAUGGUGAAGAAAAACGCGUAUCAUUAUGAAGUGCAAUUGCCAGGGGUAUGGUACAUUAUUAACUGCACAUUGCCUCUUUACCAGCAGUGGCAUUACGAGGACCCAUCGGAAAAAAUCCAGAUAUCAAAAUACUGCUUUUCGAUAAUGGUGGAAAUACUCAACAGACAUUUGUCCAACGUGACGGACGCUUCAGUAGUUAUAUUCGAAAUGGUCUUAGAUUCGUUCAUGUUCGACGACAUCACCUUAUCCAGUUACAUGUCCGUGCUGUCCAAAGACAAGUUUUACCUUCAGAAUCUGAUGGAGCAAGAGUCCAACUGGUCAUCGGGAGCUAAUUUAGAGAUCCUGGACUGCCUGCGUUUGCAGCUCGUCCUGCUCAUUCUGCUCUUCAAGCACAAGGCUAAAAUCGUCAACAAGAAAAACAAUCUCGAUGAUAACGUUGGAUUUUUCGCUAAAGCUGUUACCCCUUACAUCAUCAAUCCCUAUUCGUUGGCGUUGAGGAAACUCUCUUGUCGAUUUUUGGAACUUUUGGCCAAGGAUCAAAACAUACCAUUGAUGGCCCUUCUCGGGUUGGAUUACGAUCAAGUCCAGAGAUUAUACUUGGAUAGAUUGAGGGAUUCCACUGAAGAUGACGAUCUAAAAGUGCACAUUCUCGAUUUAAUCGGCACUUGUGUCAUUUACCAACACGGAAUGACGGCAGCUUUCUUCAACGUUACCAGGUCCAGGAAAUGGUACAGCGACAACAAAGAAAAAACCAUCGAAAUCGACACCGUCAGCGAUUUCAUGGUGGACUAUCUGCACAACGUGAAAAGAUCGCCGGAGUUCCUGCGCAGCCCCUUGCAAAUCGGCAUCCUGCACGUCAUGGCGAACCUGUGGUCGAGCCAGAAGAAGCACUUGAUCAGCGACGUGGUGUCGCUGAAGGAAUUCUGGCCGCUGCUCAGCAACCCGCUUUACCGGGAAUUCGACCAGCUGCCGAAGAUCUACGCGUUCAUCUUCCAGAUCUACAGCAUACAACUGGCGCAGCUCGACGACGAUCCGCAGUUUCUGCUGUCCAUCGAGAAAUUCGUGACCGACGCGCAGCAGAUCCAAUCGUGGAUAGACUACGUGCUGCUGACGUUCAAGACCAAAUCGACGAACGUCGAGGAUAUCGAAGACCGAAAGUUUUUGCUCAAAUCUUGGAUGGAAUUCAUCAUUAUGUUGGAGCGGUGCGGCAAAUUGAAGAAGUUUACCGAAGACAAUAAGUUUAGGUUUAUCUCUAUGACUUUAGAAGGAUUGCAGUUGCCCUUCGUUAAUACUUAUUGCAUAAAGAAUUGGACUGAUUUCUUAUUACUUCAGCUGUCUUAUUGGAAACUUCCUAAUAAGGACAAGGAAAAUUCGUUCGAUAUGACCCAAAAGACGAUCAAAACUGUCAAGAUAUUGAAAUUGUAUUACAACGAUUUGGAGCAUUCCACCAGGCUAUCGGUGCUCACGAUCGUGCAACAGCUCUUAGACGGUUUGCAGGAUCAUUUCAAAUUGUAUUGCAACGAUCUGCUCGAGAUCUUGGAGUACUUCGGACCGAUGCUGGAGUACGAGUAUCUCAUCUUGGAAGAAAACUCUUGGACUAGCACCAGCGAAUUCGACGUCGUCGUCAGAGAGCAACUCCUCCCUUGGAUGGUGUGCGUUAAAAUCGUCAACGGUUUAUUCGAGUACAAGAAUCUCGACGAUAUCAGCCUGUGGUUUUCGUACAGAAAUAUUAUUCACAAGUACAUGAAUUCCGCUUGCCAGUUGGUGAAAGAUUCCAAAACUCUACCGCUGGUCAAGAUGGUUUUGUACGGUCUGGGACUCUACGCCAGUUCGUCGCUCGCAUUCGACUUUCUCAACGUUAACAUAAACACGUUUUUCGUGAAAAUGGAGCCUUUUGUUAGUCGGUUACUCCAAGGCCAAAAUAACAAAAUAAGUCCGCUGCAGUUGGAAGAAAUGUGGGUGACCUGCUCGCUGCUGAUCAAAUUCGAAACUGCGUAUUUCCAAUCUCUGCAGCAUUUAGCCCUGAACAGCUUCUAUAAUUUCCUCACCCUGAACGAGCAAAUUUUCCUGCACGUUUUCAACGUUUUGGAAACCAGCGUCGCCCUGAAAGCCCUCGAUCUCGUCCAAAACGCCCUCGUCCUAAUCGAUUCCGUGCUGAUGAAAUGGCGGGUGGAAUGGUACAGAAAAUCCAAUGCAACAUACAAUUUCGUACUGAACGGAGUGAAAAAAAUAGUGAAUGCCUGCCUUUACGCUAUCUUGCGUCCGAAAAACAUAGCUGUAUACCAACUGGACGAGGCCAACCGGCUGAAUCAAUUAGAAAAAUUUCCCGUUGAACUCAUGGUAGCGAUAAUGAAUAGGUUAGUAACGGUGACCGGCCUGGGAUUCUCGAUAUUGUACCGAACCAACCCGAAUCUGGUAGACAUUUUGGACGUACCCGCGCACGACGUCACCGAGAUCACCAUCGAAAACGACUUCGGGGUGCCGAAAUUCGAACUGCCCAUCUCCAGCAAGCUCACCUACGGCAUGCUGCUGUGCCUCUCGCACUUCCUAUGCAAGACGAUGGACGCCCUGGCGUUGAACACCGGCCGGGCCGCCGCCGCGGAGGCGCCGCGCCCGCCGCCGGAGGACGCGUUCCCCCGCCUCUUCGGCAUGGUCGAGCACCAGGACUUCUCCGACAACCCGCCCACGCAGAAGCUGAGCGCGUUCCUGCGGUACGCGAUGUACGAGUACUCGGGCCUCGCCGAUCCGUGGAUACAGAGGCUCGAUUUCGGGCUGGUGCGGUUCUCGUUGGAGGCGCUGAUGGUGUUCCUGGCGCAGCAGAUCUUCCUGGCCGUGCGGACGGCCGGGCCCGAGAACGUGGCGUACUUCAGGCGCAACCUCAGCUCGGAGCUGCAGUUCUUCUACGAGCACGUGAAGAAGAUCACGUCGGUGCUCGUCGGCUCGGAGCGGCUGUCGCCGGCUUGCAAGGCCGAAACGGACAUUUUGCGGAAGUACCUGGUGCAUUUCAAGGAGACGAAGAACUUGGACGAGGUUGUGGAUAAGAAUUUUUGUAUCGUUAUUUCCUAUUGGUUCGUUCACUUGUGUAAAUUGAGAGCAUAAAUGCCGUUUCGUAACUUUAUACAUUUAUUUUAGUAUUUAC